AUGCCGGGGCCCGUCGUUCUCUCCACCGGCGCUCCCGCGCCGCCCGCCUUCGCCGGCACCCCCGCCGCCGUAGCGGCAGGGGCUUCGCAGAGGAGGGCGGCGCCCCCAGACCCGUCGAUGCAGGAGUGGCGGGGCUUCCCGGCGGGCGCGGCCGAGGAGCCCGCGGCCGGGAGCGGUGCGGCGCGGCUGGCCGCCUGGGCGGCGCCCCUGUGCCUCAGCGGCGCGGAGCUGGUCCCCCCGCUGCCCCCGCACCUCCAGCCCCCGGAGAGCCGCGGCCUGCCGCCGGCGCCCCAGCGGCCGCUGCCGCAGCCGGGCGGCGGAGAUCCUCAGUUCAACGUGGCCAAGUGCGCGGAGGAGCGCUCCUGCGACAACCCCGCCUGCGUAUUCUGGCACUCGGUGGCCGAGCGGCGCUGCCAGCAGUUCGCCUGCGGCAGCUGCGCCGCUGUGUCGCGCGGGCGCUGCAUCGGCGGCCUGCACGUCCGGCCAGAGGACAUCCGCGAGGUGCUCACAGUGGACCUGGAGGACACGGUGGGCGUCCAGGACGAGCUGCGCCGGCUGGAGGCGGCCUCGCCCGACGAGCGCGCCAGGUACGUGCGCCUGGUCCUCUACGGCUUUGCCGGCCUCCGCAUGGGCCUCCUGCGGAAGCUGCUCGAGCAGCUGCCCCUGCUGCACGAGCUCGCGCUGCCGGACCGGGCUAGGGAGCCGAGCCUCCUGGUGUUCCUCUGCGACCUGGUGGAGGGCCUGGGCACGACCACCCCCAGGCUCCGGGACGUCAUCUUCCAGGACGAGCAGUGCGAGUCGUUGUGGUAG